AUUCUACGACCUCGUUAUAGACUUGAAAGCAAAUUUAAGACGUAAAUACGCUUUUUGGAAAAAUGCUUCGUAGGGCAAUUAUUACGAGAGAGCAAGAGCCUUUAAAGAUAAUAAACGAACCUCUACCGAAGGUACCAGUUGAGGGCGCUAUUGUAAAGAUAGAAUAUGCAGGUAUUUGUCAUAGCGACUUGCAUUUCAUUGAAAAUGAGAAUUCUAAUUAUUGUGAUGAAGAAGGGAGAGGAAUCAGCGGUAUUACUCCUGGUCAUGAGAUAUCUGGAACUAUAGUAGAUAUAGGAAUUAAAGCUGAUAGUCAAUUUAAAGUUGGAGAUAAGGUUCUUGUCUACCCUUGGGCGGGAUGCAGGCAGUGCAUCAACUGCCUAAACGGUAGGUCAUCUCUCUGCGAAAAUAAUCCCAGCGGUUCUAAGGACGUUGGUCAAGGAAAGAUAAUAGGCGGUUAUUCAACUCAUACUAUUUUGCCAAAUACAAGUAAUUAUUUGAUAAAGAAGGAUUCAAUUCCGAAUGAUGUGGCACCCAUGCUACCAUGUUCAGCCCUUACAGCUUAUUCGGCUGUCAAAAGUCUAGGUGAAUCUCUCAAAGGAAAUCCGGAUGGCUCCAUCCUUCUUAUAGGAGCUGGUGGAUUGGGCCAAUGGGCUAUAACCUUUACGAAAUCUAUCUAUCCAAAAUCGGAAAUUUGCGUUGUUGACGUAAACAAAAUAAAACUUGAUAUUGCUAAAAACAAGGGAGCCAGUCAUACCUUUCUUUGGUCUAAAGAUGCUAAUUUUGAUUGUCAAGUCGACAAAAUCUUUGAAAAGUCUUUAAAAAGAGGAUUCAUUGGCUCCAUUGAUUUCACGGGUACAAGCGAAACUGCUGAAAUUUGCUUAAAAUGUUCCAAGAACGGAGGUACGAUAACGUUAAUUGGAUUAAAUGGCGGUCAUUUAGAUAUAUCACUUGCGGACGUUAUCAGUAGAAGUAUUACUCUAAAAGGAGUAAGAACCGGAUCAUUGGAGACUCUUAGAGAAGUAGUUGAGCUUGUGAAGGAAAAUCGAAUUAACGAUGUCGAAACGAGUUUUUUUUCUUUGGACGAAAUCAACUAUGCUUUAGAUGCUUUGAGGAGAGGAGAGGUCAGGGGAAGGGCAAUUAUAGAUUUAACAAAAGAAAGAUACAAUUAGUAAUUGUAGAAUUGUUAGCAAAAUAAAAAUAAAUGUUUUUGUUAUUGAAAUCUUGCAUAUGAUUAAGAUUUUCCAAUAAAUAAAUCCGGGAAUUGUAAGAUAA